ACGCAAGUUUUUGACGAAAUCAACGUUCGCAGUGUAUCAAAAGUUUAUCUGAUUUAAAUUAAGCUUCCGUGAUACUGCAGCAAAUUUAUGAGCAAAGCUAAAAUGUAUACGAAAAAGUUCUUGCCAACCCUCUGUCUUUUCCUCGCCUCUAGCUUCGUCUUAGUCUCUUCACAAAUAUGUGGAGAGUCCCUGUUUUACAGACCAAACAGCACUUACGCCAUAAACCGUCUCCUCGUUCUCUCAACUCUUGCUUCCAACGUCAGUUCCCGAGAAGGAUACUACAACGCCUCUGUAGGUGAAGGCCCCGGAAGGAUCUAUACAUUAGGCCUCUGUCUCCCAGGAACUGAUCCAAAGGUCUGUUCCGAUUGUAUUCAACUAGCGUCUGUUAGUUUAUCAGAGAACUGUCCGAACCAGACCAACUCAUGGUACUGGAGAUCCGAAGACGAUACGAAUACCAUUUGUUUUGUUCGGUACUCAAACCGCUCGUUUUUUAACCAGAUCGAUCUACGGCCAAGAGAAGAGUAUAUUUAUGGUUUUGAUUUCGUUGGAGAUGUUGCGGAGUAUAAAAGAACAUGGGGAGGUUUCAUGGAACGUAUGAUAUCAGCAGCUUCGUCCUCAAGUCCAGGGGCGCUUGCAGGCCGACAUUAUGCAGCGAAUACAACUCCUUUGCCCGGUUCCCGAGCAAUAUAUGCACUGAUGCAGUGUAUCCCGGGGAUUUCUUCAGCGGAUUGUAAUGCUUGUCUUCUAGAAAAUGUUCGUUACUACCAAAGCUGCUGCAGUGGGAAGCAAGGAGGUAGCGUUAGGAGACCGGUUUGCUUUUUCCGGUUUGAUCUUUAUAGGUUUCGCAAUGCUUUCCAUAACUUAACAUCUUCCCCUCCUCCUCAAAGAUCUCAAGAUCGUCAAGAAUUACAACCCACAACACCACCUCCUCCUCCUCCUCCUCCAGAUGGCAAAACGAUUUCUACAGGAGUCAGAAUGGCGCUUAUUGUAUCAACAGUAGUAUUUAUGGUGCUGUUAGCUUUAGGAUUGUUUGUUUUCAAGAGAAGACAAUCAUUCAACACGCUAAAAAAUGAUAAUGAUAUUAUAAGCUCAGAGUCAUUACAAAUUGAUGUCAAGACAAUUGAAGCCGCAACUGAUCAAUUUUCGGAGACCAACAAAAUAGGCCAAGGUGGAUUUGGUGUUGUUUACAAGGGAAUAUUACCAGAUGGAACUAAAGUUGCGGUGAAGAGACUAUCAAAGAAUUCUGGACAAGGCACAGAAGAGUUCAAGAAUGAAGUUGUGGUUGUGGCGAAGCUUGAACAUAGGAAUCUUGUUAAGCUUCUUGGAUUUUGCGUGGAAGGAGAUGAACAAAUACUUGUUUAUGAGUUUGUUCCCAACAAGAGUCUUGAUUACUUACUAUCCGACACAAUAAAGCGACAGCGACUAGAUUGGACAACACGGUUCAGUAUCAUUGGAGGUAUUGCUCGAGGGAUUCUAUAUCUUCAUCAAGAUUCACGGCUCACAAUCAUACACCGUGAUAUCAAAGCGAGCAACAUUCUUCUAGAUGAUGACAUGAACCCAAAAGUAGCCGAUUUUGGCAUGGCAAGGAUUUUUGGGAUGGAGCAAACUCAAGCCAAUACUAGAAAGAUAGCUGGUACCUUCGGUUACAUGUCUCCUGAGUACGCCAUGCAUGGUCGAUUCUCCAUGAAAUCUGAUGUCUACAGCUUCGGUGUCCUGGUUCUUGAGAUCAUAAGUGGAAAAAUGAAUAGUAGCUUCAACGAAACAGAUGAUUCAGCUGUCAAUUUAGUCACACAUGCUUGGAGACUAUGGAGAAAAGGUUCGGCUCUAGAACUUUUAGACCAGACUUUUGGGCAGCAAUAUCAAACCGAAGAAGUUAGAAGAUGCAUUCAUAUUGCGCUUUUAUGUGUUCAAAAAGAUCCUAGAGAUCGUCCUAUGAUGUCUAAAGUCAUUUUGCUACUCAGUAGUAGCAAAAUCACACUACAACUGCCUUGUGCACCUGGGUUUUACUUCCAAAGUAGCCUGGACCAAGAUUUGGAAGCUGAUGAUUCAUUUGGAAAACAAAUUCCUUGUUCUGUUAUUGACGCAUCCAUCACAGAGUUAGAUCCUCGUUGAAGAUGUUAUUAUAUAUUGUAUAAUUUUUAACUAAUGAAUAUGAUAUUGCUCUCCUCAUUAUAUUUUAUAUUUAUUUAGUUGUCUU